AUGUCGGUUGUUGAGCUUUCCAGCAACCUAGCUACGGCGGCUCCCAUAUGGCGCAGGAUAUGGGAGCUGCCUCCUGAACUACGAGUAGCACUGGGUCAAUUGUGCGGUGCCUCUCCGUUCACGUCGACGCUUGUUCUGCUGCACAACGCUCAACUUAUCGCGACACGACAUCCGUCCGAACGGCGAACAGGACGUGUUGAUGGCCGGCGUGAGCUAUUCCUGAGAUCGGAGAGCGUUUUGACACGGAAGUACGUGAGUCAUGUUGCUAACAAUAAAGGAAGAUGCGAGAACCGAGACUCUCCCUUGCUGGUCUGCUACGAUGACAUCGGUUGCUUGUCCGUUCGGAACGGGGGUGACACAACUGUACGCCAUGCAAGAUGGUACCGACAUAUUCCAGUAAGCCAGCAGGAUCCGCUUACAGUCCAAUAUAAGGGUGCAGUCGUCAGGGACAUCUUCAACGCGAAUGUCUUCCAAGAAAUGUACAUCUACAACGUGCGCUCACCCCCACUACUGGAGGCUCGGAACUGCUACUGCCUGCCAGCAACGGAUAUGUCGCCUGAAGAAUACGAGACCUGCCCGAUACGCCUUUGGUGGAAUCCGGUGACGAAAGAACGACGGACGAUUACCAUUGUGUUUGCGGACUUUGAACUGAUCGAUAUGGAGAUCCACGCAGGAAAGCCUGGAAAGCUCGCGAUCUAUAACCGCCAAAGAUCCGAGCUGCAAAGAAGGCUGACCUGGUUAUCGUUCACGUUGCGGCAGGAAGAGGAGAUCAGAGAGGUCUUCGUACACUGGCAUUCUGGGGACUCGCGGGAGAUUGGCCUGAGUCUCGUCACAACUUGCAGCAGAGUGGCGACGUUCGCCAGGUACCAACCCGUGCGGCAUAUUCGAAGACAUUACAAGCACCAGCGAUUAGUCGAUACGCGAGAAUCUAUUGUAUCGGGGUUUCACAUGAGCACACACGAUGAGAUCCAAAGUCGGAUGCGGCUCGGCGUGUCUCUUGUCAAGGCGACAACGACGUAUUCAGCGCCUUUCACGCCAGUCAGCAUUACGCAGAGACCUAUCGGAGCGAUGCCGCGAAGCCCUCAGCUACUCGCUUUCCUCUCUAGGAUUGAAAUCGCGGAUCAUCGUGUCGUCGACGCUUGCCUUGACCACACUGCACCGUCAAACUCUUGCUUGGGCCUUCGCCUACAAGACGAAGUGCUUGGACAGUGGCGCGAAGACGGAGAUCUCAUCUCUGUGGAUGUCGAGAAGUAUGUACUUGAAGUCUGCAAGCUUGAACCGCCGGAUGCAUCCACUGUCUUCCUUCGAAAGAAAGUUGAUGUAGAUGGGCCGAGUCACACCUCGGAACUAGUCACCAUUGCCGGAACAUUGGAGUGGUGGACUUGCAAGUUGACCAAAACUGUGGACAGUGCCAAGAGGCACGCGAGGAGGAAAGCGGGCAAUUCCGCACCCAUUCUUAAGCGGUUAGUGCAAUCAGACGCGUUACGCGACGCGCUCUCGCUAACCCUAACGAUAACCACAACCAAAUUCUCAGAACAACAACCGACAGCGAAGCCAGCACGGCGUUUUGGAGGCGAGCAUGUCUCUAAUAUUGCCACCGCAUUUAACACCAUACUCACGCGGCCCGCCAAAGCACAUCGUACUUACUAUGGCAUUGACAUCCAUCAGCUGCUCGAGGACGCGCAAACUGAGGAGAGCAUACCGAAAGCCGUUCAUGACUUGCCAACCCCACCUCCGGAGUCCGCAACAUCCAAGAAGGACUCACUGUUGUGGACAGAGAAGUACCGUGCUCGCAAAUUCACCGAUCUGAUUGGCGAUGAACGUACACACAGAGCCGUAAUGCAUUGGCUCAAGCGCUGGGAUCAGAUUGUCUUCCCUGGGUCUUACCGACCAAAGCAGAAGGCGAAAGGUUCCACCGAGCAAUCGGAGGAGAAGCCACACCGGAAGAUCUUGUUGCUUACGGGUCCGCCUGGUCUUGGCAAGACAACACUGGCGCAUGUGUGUGCUAAGCAGGCUGGUUAUGAGGUGCAGGAGAUCAAUGCGAGCGAUGAGCGAAGCGCGGCGGUGGUGAAGGGACGCAUUCGAGAUAUGGUAGGCACGGAGAAUGUGAGGGGUGUGGACACCAAGAAGGUGGAUGGGAAGGUUCGGAAGGCCGGCAGACCGGUCUGUGUGGUCGUGGAUGAGGUAGAUGGCGUGGUUGGGGGAAGCGGUGGAGGUGGUGAAGGCGGCUUCGUCAAAGCACUGAUCGACCUCAUCAUGCUAGACCAGAAGAACUCAAGAGGACUGAGUACCCUACAGCAAGCACCCGCGAAGAAGAAGAAAGGCGAACGCUUCAGGCUAUUGCGGCCAAUGAUCUUAAUCUGCAAUGAUGUGUACCAUCCAGCUCUGCGACCGCUUCGACAAAGCCCUCACGCAGAAGUCAUCCACGUCCGCAAAGCGCAGCUGCAGACCAUCUCCACACGUAUGCAAGCAAUUUUCGACAAGGAAGGCGUCCCAUGUGCAGGCGACGGCGUCCGCAGGUUAUGUGAAGCUGCGUGGGGCGUCAGUAGUCGCAAGGAAGACCGGACAGGAAGCGGAGCCGGAGAAGGUGACAUGCGCGGGAUUAUGGUUGUUGGCGAGUGGGUGGCAGGCAAGCUGCGAGCGCAGAGGGAGCGGACUGGUGAUGCGACGUUAACACGCCGAUGGGUGGAAGACCACAUACUGCAAGAUCUUUCGCACGGAGGAGGCGCGGUCAGAGGUAUUGGCCGUGGUGGACCGAAAGACAUUGUGGAACGCGUGUUUCGCGAAGGUGCAGGCUUCCCAAGAAGCACAGCAUUGUCGAGUGAGCCACAUGGUUCGACGGGCGUUAAAGGCGUGGCAGAAGGCUUGAAACGCACUGCAACUGACCGCUUGCGACAAUUGAUCGACACACACGGCGAGACAGACCGCAUCAUUACGGACUGCUUCACCUCAUAUCCCGACCACCCAUUCCAAGACGACACGCUCCUGUCGAAGCCGGACUCGGCGUACGAAUGGCUCCACUUCCACGACCGUCUCUCCUCCGCCGUCUAUAGCAGCAGCGAAUGGGAGCUCGCGCCGUACCUAAGCAGUCCGGUGCUCGCUCUCCACCAUCUCUUCGCUUCUCCCACCCGCGCCCAGUAUAGCAACCCAGCCACCACGACCGACACUACUGAGCAAGCCGAACCUACCGAACAACUCUUCACCGGCCCGCAAGCGGCAUGGUCGGCAUUUGAAGCGACGAAGCAUAAUGAAUCCGUCCUCCAAUCACUUCAUUCAGCCCUCUCCCUCGAAUUAACCCGUUCCUUCAGCAGUCCGGCAGCCAUUUCCACGGAUCUGAUCCCUUACCUGCUCCGCAUGCUCUCGCCCACAGUCAAUCCAGUCCUAAUCUCCACGAACAGCAGAGACAGCAAAGAGGGUCCCAAGUCCACUGCCUCCGUCCGCAAAGCCUCUGAACAACUUCUUGUGAGACGUGCAGUAAACGCCAUAGCCGCGUCGGGCAUUCGCUUCGAACGAAUGCGAGUCACUGACGACGAGGCUGUGAGUUGGCAGACGGUUUCUGCGCAGUGGGUGUACCGGAUGGAGCCUGCCAUUGAUGUUCUAGGCACUUUCGAAACAGGUGGGAAGGGUUUUGGCGAGGCGGCAGUGGCGGGGAAGCAGAGGUACGCUGUUCGCCAGGUUCUGGAGCAGGAGUGGAGGAAGGAGGAAAGUCGGUUGGCGGAGGUGGCUAGGAUGGCAAGGUUUAGAGGUGGUGGUGGUGGUGACGUCGUCGCUCAAGGCAGCAUUGCCUGUAGCGAAGCCUCGGCAGUCGCACGAAGGCCUGAAGAGAAUGAGACGACGAAGAAGACAGUGAUCAAGCGUGACUUCUUUGGGCGUGUCGUCGUCGAAUCCGUGUCGGAGGCGGGUGCAGCGGCGUCAACCAAGCGGAGUCAGAUGGGUGACACGCAGUCAGAGGGCGGCAGAGUGUGGGUAACGUUCCACGAAGGGUAUUCGAACGCCGUGCGGAAGCCUAUAACCUUGGCGGAGCUCAUGAAGGAUAUGUGA